GGACAUCCUGGACCUGCUGAGCAUCAAUGGGUCCCAGACGGGCGUGUCAGCCGCCCGCGGGCCCAUCCCAGACACACCUGCCUGGCGACUGAGGGCUGUUUAUGACAAAUAUCCAGCUUGACCCUUCCCUAGUGCCUAAGAUCGCCUCGACUUUGCACGACGAGCUGACGCUCUACUUUGUCUACAAGCAGCACAAGAAGACUCUCGGGUCGCUCAUCUCCAUCAACAUGCCUGGAAAAAUCAAGCCUUGGUUCCAGGUGAUCUCCAACUUGAAGACCCAGAGACUGAAUGUCUUCUACCACAUCAAGGAGGACUCCAAGACGCACCAAGCCUCCUUCCCGAUGCCUGAUAAGGUCGGUUGGACCUGGACCCGCAUCCUGGUGAGCGUCAACCAGACCCAGGUCCGAUUUUGGGUGAACUGCGCUGACUACGAUAAACAGAAGCUGGCUGGGCACAUCGACCUCCAGAUACCCGAGGGCAGCCUCAUCUACUUCCGGCAGGAGCCAGGUCUCAAGAACAAACUGAUUGGAAGCAUCCAGAUGGCCAAGCUGAUGAACUACAGCGUCAACGAUCGCGUCUGGAAGUGCUCCUACGACAGCCAGUUCGGUCCAGGAUGGCGCCCGCCUCUCCUUGCCAACGAUGAGGACUAUUGUGAACCAGUGUACUUAGAGUUGGACGAAGCCUACGGAGUUUUAGAUACGCUUAUUAUUAAGCACGAGUCGGACUCCCUGAAGAUGACCCAGAAGCUGGAGACUUGUGGGUGUGACGUCAGCUGCGAGUGGGCGGGGCGUCCGUUCGCCUCGGGCGCUCAUUGGCUGACGGAUCCGUGCACCGAAUGCACCUGUCAGAUGGGCGAGGUGGCCUGCGAUGUGAGGGACACGCCCACGUGCCUCGAUCCUUGUCGGGAGAGUCCUUGUUUGAACGGAGGUGUUUGUAACUCGCAUCCAGGUUUUCGAAAUUUCACUUGCACCUGCCGCCCUGGCUGGAGAGGAGAAAAAUGCCAAUACCUGUCUCACACCUGUCCGGUCCACCUGCUGACCCUCCGCCUCACCCCUCCCCCCUCGCAGCAAUCGUGUGACGAGGGGGGCGCCGCUCCACUCGUCGUCGGUUCCGUCACGGGCCACGUAUUCGAUCCAAUUACCGGAACCUGCAGGGAGAUUACGGGCUGUGAAGCUACCCCCUACGCCUUCCAGAAAGCGGAGGACUGUGAGCAAUCUUGUGUUCACGGCGUAUGUUGCUUCGUUCAGUCUCCCGCGUUCAACGAGACGGCCGCGUUCAGUUUCCUGCCGGAAUGUGUUGAAACUACUAUCAACGUCUGCAAAGGCUACGAAAAUAGAGGAGAAUUCCAAGUGGUCUCUUUUGCACCAAACACCACCGAGCUCUCACUCCCGCCUCUAAUAACAGUGGACGAACACUGCAAUUGCCCAGGGCCCCAGGUGCUACCUGGGGUUGAUUCCUCGACGUCAUCCCCACCUGCAGGGGAGACUCGAGGGGAAAGGCCUGGGGAAUCCAACAUAAGACAGGAUAUAACAGCAUUGCCUCAAGGAAAUCUCCACGAAUUUAUAAGGGCUUUUAGACGUCUGUUCACUGGUGGCAGGAUGCACGAGAUCGCCCGCACCUACGCCCACUUCAUGGCGUCCGCCCAUCGACCGCGGGCGUGGCUUGGAGUGAACAGGGCCCUAGUGAAGUGGGCGGAAGGGGAGUUGCAGAGAGUUGGGGGCUGUCGUAUCACGCUGCCCAUCUGGGAUUUCACCUCGCACGCGAAAAACCUCUCAGGUAGUGAAAUGUGGCGUAACGUUCCCGCAGACUUCUCUGGAUCAUCUGCUGAAAGAGACCUGAGGUUGCCUGUCAUCUCUGACGAUCUCCUGAACGAUUCUGUGGUGACCACAGCAGACAUUCUCCUUGCAUUAGCUCACCAUGACUUCGAGGCGAUGUCUUCAGCCCUGUGGCGUCAGGUGUCUAGAGUGAUGGUGAAAGUUGGGGCGAAACUUCCCUCCAAUGAUAUGCUGCUGGAACCUGUAUUCUAUCUAAUGUCCAGCUAUGUCGACAAAAUCUGGACGUUCUGGCAACGGGACCACCCAGAUAUUCCUGAGUAUGCGCAGUUCACCUUCCUUGCUCCGUUUAACUUGACCUUGGCGGACGUUUGGCCCGAGGGCUGGUCGUGUGGAUCCUACCACUACCAGACUUGGGAAGGAGAAUGCGAGGAUCCUCCUGGAGAAGUGAGGAGUGAGGAAUUAAGCAAAGUGUCUGACUCCUUGCUUCAGAUGCUCCACGGUCAACCAAAGGAACUCAUUAUGAUGUUGAAGACCCCUGUAGCAGGACCACUAAGGCAUCCGUCAAAUACCAGCGAGGAUGAAGGAUCUGGAAACGAGAUGAAGGAAUUAAUAUCCUUGUGGAAAGCAUUGACGUGGCAGAACGAGACUGAAUUUGAAGAAUCUUUUGAAUUUCCUGAAGAACAACGUUUAAUAUCGAGUCAUCUUCCAGAAAAUAUAAAGGGACUUGAGAUGUUAGGGUUGAACACUGGGCUCUUUGCUUGGUGGUGCAGCUGUGGAAGACGGCCCACCUGCUCUGUAGAGAUAAUUGAAGGUCUCAUAAACCAGAGUCUUGUUCUCCUUUCAAACGCGUCCAUUACGGCUAAGGCUAUGCCCCUGAUCAAGAUCUGUGAAGACUGCGAGGUGCUAUGGAGAACGCCUGUAAAUGAAGACCCUUGCUGGAGUUCACCCUGUCUGAAUGGAGGCAUCUGCAUCCCAAUCAAGACGGGACGGACGCGCGCUAGAACGGGCUCCUCUGGAUUCAGCUGCCUUUGCCAAAGCAGUUUUCAAGGUCGGCUCUGCCAUCACACCGCUGUUCCAAACUGCUUCCUGACAACGGAUCCAGGAGAAUGCCCCGCCGGUGUACAACCCGGGACAUCUCAGCGAUGGUCUUAUAACCCAGAGGAAGGGAACUGCGCCCCCUUCACGUACAACGGAUGCGGGGGCAACUCCAACAACCAUCUCUCACACAAGGCAUGCAUUGAUGCUUGCACGAGGGGGACGUGCUGCUUCAGGAGAACGAUUCAUAUCAGCUUUGACCAAAUGAAUGCUGUCAUUAUCAACGGCGUGACGAAUGAAUCAACCACCCAGUUAUCAUCUGCAGAGGCCGAAGGAUCAGUUCAUAGCCUCAAGGAUCUGGACUGCCUCCGCCCUGUCAGGGCAGACGAUGAACAGCAGAACACCAGGAACCGCCUGUGGAAGUGGGAAUGCCCCCAGACCCUGAAGGACGCCUGUGUCACCGCGGCUGAAGAGGACCAGGCCGUCACUUUCACCCCAGGGGUGUCGACUAAGCCGACCCCAGCGCCCCCUGUGUGUGGCUGUCGAUUUCUCGAUCAACAUUACAAAGUGGGAGAAGUUCGCAAGUCCUCCUGCCACACCUGCCGAUGUCAGCAGAGCGGAACCUUCACUUGCAUGCGUCACGGGGAGUCCUCUCUUCCUCGAAAGGAAUUUCGAGACUUAACGCGAAGUGAGAUGAAUCAAUACGUCGAGGCGGUCGCUCGUCUAGCGGCUGAGGAAGGCGAAGUCAGCUGGCACAGCCUGACUGACUUAUAUGCGAGCCACUUGCCCCAUUUCGCCGGCACGAAUUUCUACCUGCCCUGGCAUCGGUACUUCUUGUGGGUCGUGGAGUUGAUACUCCAGGAUGAUGGUGACUGCGACUUGACCAUACCCUACUUCGACUGGACGUUGGACGUCGGAGAUCUCGCGGGGUCCAAGGCCUGGCAGGCCAAUUACUUCGGUGGGGACGGGAACGACGAGACCAGGUGCGUCCGCUUCAACCCGUUUCAUUCGCCCUCGUAUCCCAAAUGGUCCCCCUGCCUCAUGCGACAAUUCGACAACUACGUUUGGCUUCCAGAUGCUGUCAGCUUGGCCCACCUCCUCGCCAACGACAACUACACCACCUUCAGAAUCCACCUGGAGGCCAUGUCGGGUCUUUUCCAGAUGUUUGUGGGCGGCCACGCCCUCACGCCGCAGAAGUUCUACGACCCGAUCUUUCUGUCGCACAUCGCGUUCCUGGACAAGGUCUGGGACGACUGGAUGGCUCGGAACGUCGAGAGGGCCGAGAGCUAUCUGGCGUCCGCGAGUUUCUUGGAGGUGGAGCCCUUUGGCGUAACGCCUAAGGAUGUCAUGAAAUCAUCCUAUUUAGGCGUGUCCUACGUGCUUCCGUCUAAAGGAGCACCCUGCCUUCGAGAUAACGAUACGGAAGUUUCAGAUAGGGCGUCUGGAAUGUCUGAAAAUAUGUUAAUGGAUUCUGCUGCGACACAUAUCGAUAAUGACGGCUACGAUAGUUAUGGCUUCGAUUCCCAAGGCUACGACAGAAGCGGCUACAAUAAAGACUCCUUCAACCGCGACGGGUACAGCAUCGCAGGGAUAGACCGAAUGGGCUACGAUCGUUACGGCUUCGAUGCCCAAGGGUGCACUGCCCUGGGAGUGCCUUAUUGUCGUUCGAGUCUGAACAGCACCAAAUUGGAGUCACCUGUGUUCGAUUCUUACGGAUACACGAAGUCCGGCUUCAAUAUCCUCGGCCUUGAUCGUAGAGGGUACGACGUCUUCGGCUUCGACCUGGAAGGGUACGAUGGAGAAAAGUGUAAUUACCAUCACAAAGGCCCCUUUUAUAAACUAUUGAAAGCGCAGAUUGAACAGAGGCUGAAUGGAUUCACAGACGAGGCCUUGUUAAAGAACAUCGAAAGGACCUGCCCACCUGUGACUCCUGUUCCAGAAUGGUGGCUGGAAUACAAUCACUUCAGUAAGACAGAUGUAGAAGUCCUACGGCAGCAAGAAAAGGCAGCGAGUAUCCUACGUCCCAUGGUUUCACCCCAUCGGAUGGAUUCCAGAUCACCUCCCCUUCAGAGUGAACCUUAUCUCCCACAGGAGUAUUUGCAAAGACUGUGCCUCAACUUGAGGCCGUACAGCGGAUGCCAACCUGGCGAUCCAGUAGUCGACUGCAACGAGGAAGAGGUCUGUAGGCCAUAUACUUCUCGUGGAAGAGACGACGCCCCUUCAUAUUUCUCAUACACUCUGAACGACUCACCUGUUACGACUAAGCCCUCUUUCUCAUUCUACCCUUUCUUGACUUCUCUCUUCGUUUCCCCGCCUUUUGACCUUUCAUACGAGUCAUCCUGGGCCUAUUACAUUCUUUCCCAUUUCACCCGGAGGAGGAGGAGGAGGAGGUGGUGGUGAUUUUC